AUGAGUAUAUAAAAUAAUAAAGUACUAUUUGUUGCAUAACCAUGUAAAGAAAUGUCAAGAUCUAGAUCAUAAAAUACGAGCAUCUUUCAAGACUAACAUAUCAAUGGAAUCAUUUAAGGUCCUCGUUAUGAUCAAAGAGGUGACAUCAUAAAGAGAUCUAUUGUUGGAACUAUUGAUCAAUUUUAAAGAGAAGGCAAAGUUUUUUAAGAUAGCAAAGUAAUAGAUGAUGAUUCAUCUAUGUUAAGAUCUUUUGUUAUUACCUAAUUUACAAAGAAACAAAACAUCAAAAAAAAAAGAGAUCCUGUUCAAUUUAAUAAGAUUUCUAGAGAGGAUAUUAGAUUACACAUUGAUAAAGUUGAAAAGAAUAUUAAACUCUCUGAAAUUUCACUUAGAUCUAAGGAAGACACUUUGCCUAUUAUAGAAAGAAAUUUAGUAACAAGAUAAAGAAGAAUCUUAGAAUCAUGUUAAGAAUAAAAAGAUAAGUGGAAAGAAUUACAAAAACAAUUAGCAGAUCGUUGUGAACGUUCUCAUGAUAAUACUCUUAUUAGUAAAAGUCAAGGUUAUAGAGAAAAAAAAUAGUUGUUAGAUACUAUUAAUACUCUUUAAAAAGAACCUAAUGUCAAAGAAUGGUAUGAAAAGUUGAGAAAUUAUCAUUUAUCAAAUCAACCAACUAUUGAAAUUAUUAAGAAUGGAACUAAUGUUAAAAUAUGUAGUGAUAAAUUCAAAAACAUGAUUAAUCAGAGACUAAAUUAAAAGUAUUAUGAUGCUGAUUAUCUUGUUGUCAAUGGAAAUAGUAAAUUAAAAAUAGAAUCCAAUGAAGCUAGAGAUCUCAUGAUUCUACCUUAAGAUCUUCUAUAAUAACCAAUUCAAGAUGUUAAUUAUGUUAAUUAUAAUAAAAGAGAUAUCAGUCGUCGAUCCUCCUAUAGAAUUCUUUAAUUAUAGUGA